UUACGCACGCAACAGAAUCUCCAGACGCACUGGAGCGCGCCUUACGCGCGCACCUCCCUGGCCCAGCGUCGCGUAUGUGCUGAGUGGGACGGAAACGCGCGGUUGUGCACAUGCAUGCAGCUCUGUAACCUUUCAAGGGUGCACUUCACACGUUUGGACGACUUCUCUCUUCACGCACUUUGAUGGGGACUUCGACAUUAAGCAGGGAAAAUGCCUGUGAUGAAGGGAUUACUUGCACCGCAAAACACCUUUCUGGACACUAUAGCUACACGCUUUGAUGGCACUCAUAGUAACUUCAUACUGGCCAACGCUCAGGUGUCCAAGGGGUUCCCCAUCGUGUACUGCUCUGAUGGCUUCUGCGAGCUCACAGGCUUCUCCAGGGCAGAGGUUAUGCAAAAGAGCUGCGCGUGUAAGUUCCUGUACGGGCCCGAGACCAGCGAAAGCAUCAUCCUCAGCAUCGACGACGCCUUGGAGGGGCGCAAGGAGUUCAAGGAUGAGAUCAUGUUUUAUAAAAAGACAGUGCUGCUCUUCUGGUGCCUGCUGGACAUUGUACCAAUUAAGAAUGAGAAGGGAGAUGUGGUGCUUUUUCUGGCUUCUUUUAAGGACAUCACUGACAUUAAAGCUAAAGCCAUUCAAGACGACAAGAAGGAAGAGCGGCGGCGUGGCCGGAUCAAAACACGGUCACCGUUCAGCUCGGCUCGCAUGCGGAGCAGCACGGUGCUCUACCACGUCUCCGGGCACCUCCACAGCAGAGAGAAGGGCAAAAUUAAGCUCAACAAGAAUGUAUUUGGCGACCCUCCUGCACUCCCAGAGUACAAGGUAGCGGACGCCAAAAAGUCCAAAUUCAUCCUGCUGCAUUACAGCACGUACAAGGCCGGCUGGGAUUGGUUGAUCCUGUUCGCCACUUUCUACGUGGCGAUCACCGUGCCGUACAACGUGUGCUUCAUUGGCGACGACGACGACCUGACUCGCAGCACGACAGUCAGCGACAUCGCCGUGGAGAUUCUCUUCAUUUUGGAUAUUGUUUUCAAUUUCCGCACCACCUAUGUCAGCAAGUCCGGUCAGGUGAUCUUUGACGCUCGACAGAUUUGCAUUCACUACCUGACCACUUGGUUCAUCAUCGACCUGGUGGCCGCAUUGCCCUUUGACCUGCUUUAUGCCUUCAAAGUCAGCGUGGUGUCUGUAGUGCACUUGUUAAAAACGGUGCGCCUCCUACGUUUGCUACGCCUCCUCCAGAAAAUGGACCGGUACUCGCAGCACAGCACCGUGGUCCUGACCCUGCUAAUGUCCAUGUUUGCCCUGCUGGCCCACUGGAUGGCCUGCAUCUGGUACAUCAUCGGAAAAAUGGAGAUGGAGGCCAACGCCUACAACUGGGAUAUUGGAUGGCUGCACGAGCUGGCCAAGCGCCUCGAGUCGCCGUACUACGCCAUGGGAAACGUGAACAGCACCACCAGCGGCCCUUCCAUCCGCAGUGUUUACGUCGCCUCGCUCUACUUCACCCUCAGCAGCCUCACCAGCGUGGGCUUCGGCAACGUGUCAGCCAACACUGACGCCGAGAAGAUCUUUUCUAUUUGCGUCAUGCUCAUAGGAGCACUGAUGCAUGCAUUGGUCUUCGGAAAUGUGACAGCCAUAAUCCAGAGGAUGUACUCCCGCUGGUCCCAGUACCACACCAGGACCAAAGACCUUAAGGACUUUAUCCGUGUCCAUCACCUGCCGCACAGCCUGAAGCAGCGAAUGUUGGAGUAUUUUCAGACAACCUGGUCAGUCAACAACGGCAUCGACUGUAAUGAGCUGCUGAAGGACUUCCCAGAUGAGCUGCGCUCCGACAUCACCAUGCACCUUAACAAGGAGAUCCUGGAGCUGUCUCUUUUUGCCUCGGCCAGCCGGGGUUGCCUGCGCUCUCUUUCGCUGCACAUCACGACGACCUUCUGCGCUCCUGGAGAGUACCUCCUCCGAGAGGGCGAUGCUCUGCAGGCGAUCUUCUUCGUGUGCUCCGGGAGCAUGGAGGUCUUGAAGGACGGCAUGGUGUUGGCCAUUCUUGGUAAAGGGGACCUGAUCGGGGCCAACCUGUCCUUAGACGACCGAGUGAUAAAAACCAACGCGGACGUGAAAGCUCUUACCUACUGUGACCUGCAGUGUAUUAACCUGAAGGGUCUGUACGAGGUGCUGGACCUCUACCCGGAGUACUCGCACCACUUUGUCCAGGACAUCCAACAGGAUCUCACAUACAACCUGAGGGAGGGACAAGAGACACACGUGAAGGCCAGACUGUCCACAUCAACUGCCGAUCCCCAGUCAGGUGUGAAAAGAAAUGGCCGCCUUGUUCAGGGUUAUGCUCCUCUCGCCGAGGCCCAGGGGGGACAUGACAAGGACAAGAGGGAGGAUGAUGAUUGUCUGUCAUCGGAGCAGAACAGAGCAGUGAACCUCAGGGGCACUACUGGAUCGUCUCCAGUGGGCCAACCCGCUCACAGAAGCACGGGUCAGAGCUCAGAGAGGUCUCGGAGAACGAGCCAGGAUAUUACACUCGUCACUUUAGACCCUUCCAACCUGAGCCCCAGGAUAGUGGAUGGCACGGAGGACAAUAAGGGGACAGAAAGUCCGCUGCAUAUUCCGGGUUUGUCUUCCAGCCGUGGUUGGCGUGGCAAUGACCCCAACAGUGCCUCAGCAUCCAACACAGAUAUGCCACAGAUCAGCACAGCAGAAUUAGCAGCAAAAGCAGAGGAAACGAGAGGACAGCUGCGACAUCUUAACCAGCAGGUGCUAAACCUCGGCAGGGAAGUUGCAGACCUUGGCCAAGUGAUGAAGAGGAUGGCCCAGCUCAUGGAGACCCUGAUGACAACUGGGCCCCAAUCAGCACUGGUCUGCCCUACACACCACUCCCCGGGGCACCACAUGUAUCUGCCCCACACUAACCCACCUUCAUGUUUUCCUUCUCCGCCCCCGUCUCAGACUGCCUCCAUAUGGACGGACACACCCAUGUCACUGCCCCCCUCACAGCAUAGCCCCCACACACGUAGACACCAGGACCUUCCACUAGGGUGCACCCCCUUUCCCUCCUCCAUCAUCGCAGCAGAAGCUCACCUGACUUCGUCGCCCCUCAGCUCGCCAGAGACUUGUCAAUACAAGGACAGGCUUUCUACCUCGAUCAGGUCAAGGGUAUGCAGUCCACCUCUGCAGGACGGGGGGUAUGCUAGCCCUCAUAGGAGCUCUGGGUGCUCCCUUCAGUAUGGACCUGUGGACACCUACCAGAACCAACCCAAGAGUUUGUAGCAGGCCUGCAUUAUGAUUUUGUCUGUCUUCUUUCCAUAGACUUUUUUGCGGAAUGAUCUCAUCAUUGGAAAAUGUUUGCAGGGAUGCCAGAACACUCUUGAUUUAGAGAUACCCAAUGCAUGAAAACAAGUAAGUUGUGUUAGCUUUUAGCAUUUUGGUGUAUGUUAAGACUCCCUCCUGCCACCAACCACCCCUGAGGUACCUUCUGUAUUUUAAACAAUCGCGCAACAGCAAUGUUAGAACUCAUUAUUGGACACCAAGGGUUUGUAGCCUUUCUAAAAGGGUAUAGGUAUGUCUCAAAGCUGGAAAAGUUAAGGUGCAAAGGGGAACAGUUCCAGUGACAAACCACCGCACUCUUUAGGUGGGAAAGAAGAGCUUCUUGAGUAGUGAAGGGAGGUGGCCAAGACCCAACCCUUUGCCCUCCUAUUCUUGUUCACUCCCCCGGUGCUGUAUGGAUGCUCUAAUUUCCAUGGACCAGCGCUGAUCCUUGCUGGUGCUGGACUGGACAUAUUGUGCUCUUUACCACUGGUCCUCAGGGAAGGGGGAGGUGGGUUGGAGAAUGGUUGAAGCUGGCUGAUUGUAGCUGGCCAUGGCAGUACGGGGGUUAUGGUUGGCCUCCAGCGGCACCGGCCCUGCUGUCAUCUGUCACACAUAAGUAGGGCCUGGCUCUCCCUCUCUGGAUCUUUUCCAAUAUUUACCCACAUUUCCAUCAGUCCUUCUUCCUCGUCUCUCUCUGCAUGCUUUCCGGAGCCUUUUUGAGUAGUGCCUAUAGAUGCACAUUAACGCUGCAUGUUCCUGUUGUGGAAAUCCAGCUCGCCAUUUAUAUCCUUCUAUUUAAACGAAGUGUUGUUUAAAUAACCAAACUUGACAUUUACUGAUGCAUACUUAUUGGAUGUGGGUUCAUUUUUGAAACAAGCUGGGUAAUUUAAGGCAUAAAGUAGUCAGAUGCAAGUGGCCUGGAGCAAACGGAUAAUAAAUUGGUUCAUGCUCCAUGUUGUAUAGGCCAUUUCUCUGAUGGUGAGCAAUGAUUUCCGGCUGGAUGGCAAUAUUCCCAUAUAAAUGCACAAUAUUUAAGACACUUUUAUAUUUAUAUGAAUGUAUCAAUAUGAAAUAUGUAUUUUUUUACCUCGAGGAAUGCAAGAUUUUACGAUAGCGCUCCUGUACAUGAGAUUGUGCCAGUUUUGCUUGCCGGCACAAGCAGGAAAUGAAAAAUUGAUCAACUGUUUUUGCAUUAAUGUAUAGUAGGUUGGACUAAGGUACUCUGCUAAUGGAAUGUAUUGGAAUAAAACGU